UUUCUAGCAAAUCACUUCCGCAUACUUCAAUGUUGCACUUGUGUAGUUGAGGAGUGGUUGUAGUUCAAUCUGUCACGUCUCUGCUAUGUGCAGCCUUCCACUGCUGACACUUCUCUGCUGUGUGCAGCCUUCACCUUAACUAGCUAGUUAGCUUCGGCAGCUAAGCCAGCUAGCAGCAGUAGACUGGGAGUUAGCUUAGCCAAAGCUGCGCUAGCUCGGCGCUAACAGGCAGGAAGACAACAACCGCUGGGGAAAAGCCGCACAUCGGACAAAAGUGAGUAAACAAUAAAAUGCAGAGCUCCAGCGUGCCAUCGCUCCCGUCCCGAAAGAGGAAACGAGAUGUCUCCAACGUAGACAAUGAGGUGGCAGCCAAGAUUGGGAAAAUCGCCAGAUGUACUGUGGGCUUGAAGCACCCUGCACCUUUCGCCGAUGAGCUGGUGCCAGCUGAUGCUCAGCCAUACCAGAGAGUCAACAUGGAGGAGGCCAAACAGGGAACACCACCUGACCGGCCAGUGCGAGUGUAUGCAGAUGGAAUCUUUGAUGUUUUCCACUCAGGACACGCCAGGGCUCUAAUGCAGGCAAAAUGCCUCUUCCCCAAUACACACCUCAUAGUUGGAGUGUGCAGCGAUGACCUGACACACAAGUACAAGGGCUUCACAGUCAUGAACGAAGACGAGCGCUACGACGCUGUCUGUCACUGUCGCUACGUGGACGAAGUGGUGCGCAACGCCCCCUGGACGCUGUCGCCAGAGUUUCUGGCCAAACAUCGCAUUGACUUUGUGGCCCAUGAUGACAUCCCUUACUCCUCAGCCGGCAGUGACGACGUCUACAAGCACAUCAAGGAAGCUGGCAUGUUUGCUCCCACCCAGCGGACAGAAGGCAUCUCCACCUCUGACAUCAUCACACGUAUUGUCCGCGACUACGACUUGUACGUCAGGCGCAACCUGCAGAGGGGCUACACGGCCAAGGAGCUCAACGUCAGCUUCAUCAAUGAGAAGAAGUACCACCUGCAGGAGCGCGUGGACAAGGUGAAGAGGAAGGUACGAGACGUUGAGGAGAAGAGCAAAGAGUUUGUCCUCAAGGUGGAGGAGAAGAGCAUUGACCUCAUCCAGAAGUGGGAGGAGAAAUCCAGGGAGUUCAUUGGCAACUUCCUGCAGAUGUUUGGACCUGAAGGAGCGCUGAAGCACAUGCUGAAGGAGGGCAAAGGUCGCAUGCUGCAGGCCAUCAGCCCCCGCCAGAGCCCGAGCAGCAGUCCAGCCCGCGAGGAGCGCUCGCCCUCACCCACCUUCCGUCUGCCCUUCUUUAACAAGACCUCCCCGCCCCACUACAGCGGGGCACGGGGCUACCUGGUCAGCGAGGACGAUGAAGACGACGACAACUAAAGUAGUACGGCCAGUUUUGAAACUGAGCUGUCAAGUAGCCAUGUUUUCCUCCAGAACCUUCUUUUGUCGACAUUUAGCACUUGGCAUCACAUGACCAUCUUUCAGCCCCAAGUCCCGUAAGUUCAUGUUGACUCUCAGGUCAUUGUACACUUUGUAGGGUUGGUUUUUAGGAGCGUCUUUCUUUCCAUGCCGAGGAGAGGGUCUUGCACAUGAAACUACAAACUGUGUGUUCAUUUUGGGAAAUGAUAGGAAAGUAAAGGUGAGUGUGUGCAAGAGACUGAUUGAUUCUGUCAGCUGUAGCCAUCUUUAUGUUGCUUGUGCAAAGAAUGAUCUUAUUUGUGUGCUUGAACGCCUAUUUAGAACUCUUAAACUCUGUCUCCCUUUUAAAGAAACUAUGUCCCACAAGCACUAAUGAACCCCCAGAUGAUCACUAAUUUGCAUCUUGGUUUAUAAAAGUGCGAGCCCUUUAGCUGAGAACUAUAUUGAAAUGUUUCCUGCAUCACUUUGUGUACUAAGAUCAAUUGUGUUGUAAACACUAAUGUACUUCUGCAGCGUCUCAUAAGAUCCAGUAUUGCAUUAACAUCUUUGUAAAGGCAGGUUUAGCCAAUGUGAAAAAAUCAAGAUGCUAGUCUAAGUCACUAUUUUCCGGAAGCCUAAAACAUGUCAUCUCAGCCUGACAACAACCACCAAGUGUAAAUGUUUUAAUAGCAAAUGUAUUUUAAUCAUCCUUUAUUUCACUUUUUUUUUGUUUAAAGCCCCACAUGUGGAAGUUGGAAAUAAGAGGAAAGUAUUAAAUGUGUUGACCAAA